UCAACUUCCGAGUCAAAUGCGUUAGUUCUAAAUCAAAAUACGGAGAAUCUAAGGAGUUAGCAAGCGACUUUGUGGUGUUUUAAUGACAUUUAUUAUUUUGUAUUUUAAAUCCAGAAGCGUAAAUAACAGAUGGCAGGUUUACCCCCCGGAGACCCGCAGUUGGUCUCUAUGAUCGUCAAUCAUUUGAAAACGCAAGGUCUUUUCGAUCAGUUUAGAAGGGACUGCUUGGCAGACGUGGAUACAAAGCCUGCAUACCUGAAUUUAAGACAACGAGUGGACAACUUUGUGUCCAAUCACCUCUCUAACCACACAUGGAGUCCUCACUUGAACAAGAAUCAGUUGAGAAACAACAUCCGACAGUUGGUGCUGCAGUCUGGGAUGCUGGAGCAGGGAGUAGACAGGAUAGUUGCUCAGGUGGUGGAUCCCAAAAUCCAUCACACCUUCAGGCCCCAGGUGGAGAGGGUGGUCCGUGAAUUCAUGUCCCCUGGCAGCUACGUGGAUGAACCCCCACUCCCGCCUGCUCCUGUAGAGGAGAAACAAGACUUUGACCUGCCAGUGCAAGCUCCUUCAUCUGCCCCUGCUACUUCAAUGGCCAGAGAUGCCAUGUCUAUCCUGGAUACCAUCACCACUCUGAACCAGGAGGCCAGCUCCCGGGCCAGCUCCAGUGGAGAGAAGGGCCUGAAGGGGGGCUCUGAGAGGGACCAAGACCCAGAGGAGUCGAUGCAGGAGUCUGAAGGAGGAGAGCAGGACAUGAGUCUGGUGGAGGAGGGAGAAGAGGACCAGGACAGGAAGACGCCAGAGAAAGAAGAGGAAGCGAAGCUUGUGUCAGAGGCCCAGGCUAUGGAGGUCAAAACAGAGGACGUACAGGAGCAGGUGGACUCUGAGAGAGAGGGGAUGAAGGGUGAGGGGGAAGAGGUUGGGACUCAAGAGGAGGCAGAAGAGAGAAAGGAGGGGAAGACCAUAGGAAAGCUAAAAGAUGAGGUACUGAACAAGGAUGUUGAUCCACUUCAGUCCCCCAAUGAGAAACACCAUAUUAAUCAGAAGGCCAGAGAGAGGUUAAAAGAAGAAUAUUCUCUGGAAGACUCCGACCUUGAUGGCCUCAGUGACAUCACUGUGAGCUCUGUCCACACCAGCGACCUGUCAUCCUUUGAGGAGGACAGCGAUGAUGAGCAACCACCGUCAGAUUCUACAGAGGACGGCGAGGUCUCAUCUGAAGAUGAAAAGUCUGAGAAAAAGAAGACCAAUAGAGAGGAAGACAAUGAGGAGAGCCCAGAGCGCAAGCCUCGUCGACAGGCCUACGUCCACAAGCCCUUCCUCUAUUCCCGUUACUAUAGCGACUCUGACGAUGAGGUUACUGUGGAGCAGCGUCGGCGGUCAGCGGCCAAGGACAAGGAAGAGAGGCUUUUCAAGAGACAGCAGAACAGGGAACGCAUGGAGGAGAAGCGUAGACAGAAGUCAGCUCAACUAGAAGACCAGGAGAGCAGGCAGCAGACCUCUUCCCCCAGCCUGGAAGCUCAGGAUCCCAGGGCCAAAGAGGCUCUCAAGGAAAAGAAGGUUCUUGAGAAGAAGAUGGCCCUCAGUAGGAAGAGGAAAUGGGACUCACGGAAAGAGGCAGAUGUUACAGGCAAGAGAAAGGGAGAUGCAGCAGGAGAGUUCAACAAAAAGGAAGAAGCAAAGGGUAUUUCCUCAAAGAGCUUACAGCACAAGUCAAUCAGAAAAGUCUCUGAGUCUGCAGCAUCAGAAGAGAGGCACAGGAGGAAGAGUGUCAGCACUUCUGAGGAAUCUGGAGAACCUAGAAAGCUGUCAGACAAAAGCCGUACACAUUCCUUUAUCCUGGACUUGGAGCAGGGAUCUGAGUCACCACUCAAACAGCGAGCUGCUGGAAAGUUUGACCGGCUUUCCCGCAAAGAGUUAAACCCUAAAGAGCGCAAGGAGAAAGAGUGUAGCCUGUCGGACGAGCGCUCCAAGCUUAAGCAAAAGUUGGAGAAGAGAGUAGUAAGUGAAUCCCACACAGAUGAACCUGAGCAGAAUGAAGGGGCCCACAUUGAAGUAUCCUCUGAUGACAAAGGGGAGAGGAAGUCCAAGGUGAAAGGUGACAAGAAAGUGUCAGUGAAUGCCAGGGAAGGUAGGGCAUCUGUGUCAGAAGGAGGUGUCUCUGACGAGGGGGCUAGCAAGGAAGCCACAACCAAGAAGGGGAAGGCUCCAUCAGUUGAAGCUGCCAAAGUUGAGAAGGACAGAGAGAAGGAAAAGAACAGGGAAAAUGAGAAGGAAAGGGAGAGAACCAAAGCAGAGAAGAUUCCAUUAAAAACUGACCCUAGGCAGUUACUCUGUCCGGAUUCCACCGGCUCUUCUGAGGAAAGGUCUGAUAUGGAGCCUGGAUCAGAAAGCAUCAAGAAAAAGGACAAACACCCUAAAGAAGUCCUCAAGAGGUCAAAGAGCCACACAGAGGACAAAUAUGUAGAAAAACUCAAGUCGAAGCCAGACAUUGAGAAGGAGAAACCCAGAACAGAACAUGUUACUCAGGAAAUCCAGAAACCAAGUAAGUCCAGCUCUGAAACUGACAAAGACUCCAGAAAGUCGAGGGAGACAGAGCCUGGAAUGAAGGUAAAGAUCAUGGAAAAGUCCAGAUCCAAGUCAAGGGAGGAUAAGAAAGCUCAAGGUUUGGAGGUCAAAAACAAAGGUAGCACAUCAGGCAGUAGACCUGACGCAUCAAAGGAAAGAAAAAGAGAGGGAAGCAUGAAGGAGCAAAGGAAAGACACUCAGGAAAACCCACCAGAGAAAAUGGAAGGCAGGAGUGGGAAGAAAAUGCUUGAUAAAAAGGCCCAAAACCCAGAGAAGAAAGAGACCCAGGAUGAGAGAAAAGGACGUAAAGCAGAUGAAAAGUCUGAUAAGUCCUCAAUCUCCUCACCUGCUAUUACGGAACCUCCUCUGAAGAAAGGCCCUCAAUCCAAAGACGCAAGCACAGACUGGGAUCCCACCGAUGCCACCAUUACCACCUCUGCCUCUGUUACCUAUGAUGCUUUGAGUGACGUCACCCCUGAACUGGAGGAGGAUGACAGUGAAAUGCCACUCGGUGAGGUGGAACCACGUCCUUUGACAACUGGGGCAGAUGCUCUUCUGACUUUGAUGGACAUCUGUACCUCAGCAGAUGCAAGACUAGGCCAAGGAAGUGACAUCACAGGGGCCAUGCAGCGAGAGGCCUGCCCAGAGCUCUCCUUCCAAGAAGCAGACAUAAAGAUGAAAGAGGCAGCUCUGACCCUGCUCUCCAUGGACCCUGAGAGUAUACUAUCUCCUACCUUAGUCACUCCAGCUACACAGGAAGUCACAGAGGCAACCAUACCUGCUCUGCAGCGGAAGGAAACUACUAAACCUGUUGCAAAAGAAGAUUCUGAGCAUGUUCUGGAAAUGGACGAAAGUGAUCUAACAGCUACUGCCUCAUCAGAGAAAAUGGAUGAACAGUCAAGGAGCCAAGUUGAUGUUCUGGCCACAGAUAUUCUCGACACAGGGGGGAAAGAUACGGUGGUGUCAACAUGGACAUUAGUUGAAGGGAUCUCUCAGGAAAAUAAAUCUACUGUUGACAGAGAUGAGGAAAAGCCAGGCCAUGCUGAUGUUGUUCCUGAGCAAGAGCCCGUAUUGGGACCAUCAGUCGACAAACAAUAUGGGACUCAGACUGAGAAGACAAAACUGCUGGCCAUGGAACAUGAGUGUCAGGUUAAGAUGGACAUUGAUAACAUUAAUAAAGACCAGACUGAAGCACAAGAGGAAAAUGGAGUCACUGAGUCUGGGAAGUGUGACACACCUGAAAAACCAAGGGAGACUCGACGUGGUCGGCCAUCAAAGCUGGUCAGACAAGCCAGCAAUGCAUCCAAGUCAGACGGACAAGAGGACGAGAAAGGAUCCGACCUGUCUGAAAUGGAGGACAAAAUGGAGGGAAGAGUAACCCGCAAAGGAAGGCUAUCUGGUCAGAAAGCUACCACAGCCAAAGACUCCGGUAUGGAGAAAAAUGAGAAGGACAGUCGAGAGCAGCAGUCCAAGCUGGCUGUGGAAGUGAGUAAAGACAAUGAGGGUGAUAAGGCCACAGAUUCCAGAACGCCACGCAGAGGACGCUCGUCUAAAACCUUUGCGGAUGAGGAGGAACUUAAAGAGCCUGAGAAAGUGGAGGAGACCCCGCCUCGCAGAGGCAGACGGUCAGGUGCCCAGGCCAAAGACUCCACCACAGGAAACCAGGAGAAAGAGGAGGAAGAGAAAACAGGAGAGACAUCAUCGGAAAAGCCAAAGGAGAAACAGGAGAUUCAUCCCCCUCUUCAAAAAGAAGAGGAGGAGGAGGAGAAGAGUGAGCAGAAGAGAGGCAGUAGACGGGGAAGACCAGCUAAACCUCCAAUCUCCAAGCAAAAGACAAAUGAAGAUGCAGAAAGCUCUCAUUCCAAGGAGCCCACUGAUACUCGCAAACCUGCAGUGAAGAGGAAGAGGUCUGAGGAAUCUGGGGAGGGGACCCAGCCUGAGGAGGAGGGGACCCAGCCUGAGGAGGAGGGGACCCAGCCUGAGGAGGAGGGGACCCAGCCUGAGGAGGAGGGGACCCAGCCUGAGGAGGAGGGGACCCAGCCUGAGGAGGAGGGGACCCAGCCUGAGGAGGAGGGGACCCAGCCUGAGGAGGAGGGGACCCAGCCUGAGGAGGAGGGGACCCAGCCUGAGGAGGAGGGGACCCAGCCUGAGGAGGAGGGGACCCAGCCUGAGGAGGAGGGGACCCAGCCUGAGGAGGAGGGGACCCAGCCUGAGGAGGAGGGGACCCAGCCUGAGGAGGAGGGGACCCAGCCUGAGGAGGAGGGGACCCAGCCUGAGGAGGAGGGGACCCAGCCUGAGGAGGAGGGGACCCAGCCUGAGGAGGAGGGGACCCAGCCUGAGGAGGAGGGGACCCAGCCUGAGGAGGAGGGGACCCAGCCUGAGGAGGAGGGGACCCAGCCUGAGGAGGAGGGGACCCAGGGGACCCAGCCUGAGGAGGAGGGGACCCAGGGGACCCAGCCUGAGGAGGGGGGGACCCAGGGGACCCAGCCUGAGGAGGGGGGGACCCAGGGGACCCAGCCUGAGGAGGGGGGGACCCAGGGGACCCAGCCUGAGGAGGGGGGGACCCAGGGGACCCAGCCUGAGGAGGGGGGGACCCAGGGGACCCAGCCUGAGGAGGGGGGGACCCAGGGGACCCAGCCUGAGGAGGAGGGGACCCAGGGGACCCAGCCUGAGGAGGGGGGGACCCAGGAAAGUGACCUGAAGGAACAAGAGGAGAAACAACAUGGAGAGGAUAGCGUGAGCCAGUCUGACGACCCGGAGAAGGGGACAGAAGAGGGCUCCAGUGAUAACAGAACAGAUGAGGGUGAGGAGGACAAAGACACGCCUCAGAAGAAACCUGCUCGUAGGGGAAGGCCCUCGAAGGGAACAACAUUGACGUCAGAGGAACCGGAAAAUACUGUAUCUGAGAAGACCGACAAAAAGAUAGACAAGAAAGAGAGCGAACAAAAAGAGGAUGAAGAGGAGGAAGAGACGCCCAAAUCCAGAACUGCGACUCGAGCUGCUGUUCGCCUUGAAGCUGAGAGGAACAAACCAAGGAAACCUUCCACCCGAGCUCGGGGUGAAGAGGAGAACCCAGCAAACACACGUGGGAUGAGAGGACAGGCCUCGGCGUCAGCUAAGGCAGGGGGGCGUAAACGUGAAGCCAGCCCCCCAGCAGUGCGCACCAGAGGUGGACAAAAAUCUGAGGAGCCCCCUUCCAAAAAGACCAAGCGAUGAACAAAUACCUGCUUUCCCCAAGCCCAGGUAUUAGAAUAUUCACAGCGCUGUUGACAUAUGAGUUUUUUGAGUUUUAAAUGCUUCUUUGUUUUUAGAAACACUUCACAUAAUACAUACUGGUAUUAAUUUUAACAGAUCUGAACCUCUCCCCUCUAUUCAAGCCUGUGGAUGUGUUGGAUAGGAACAUUUGGGGAUGGCAUGACAGUAUGGUCUAGCAGUGGUGGUUCUCCAAAUAGUCACCUGACCUGGAUUUAGCUCAUGGUGCUUUCCAUUUCUAUACAGUAUUAUAGACCCUUCACCACAGGCCCCUAUGUUUUAGAUUGCACUGGUCAUUUAAAGAUGUUAGCUAAUAAUAUCUCAUGAAACGGAGCAUUAGAGACCAAUCAAAGGUCUUAUGUGGAGAGCCUCUUGACUUUAAUCCUAGGACAAAACAGUGGAAAUUCUUUGUCACUGACAAAUCGACUUCUGUCUGUGUUGGUCACUCCAAGGAUUUGCCGUCGUGCAGGCGUAUGUCCUUUGGUUCCUGCAUCACGUUCAAGGGUUUUAUAUUUCUUCGACCUAUAGAUACAUUUAGAUAUCAUUCAUAUAGAGUUGUAUAGAAGUUAUUAACCUGGGUAUAGUCUCACAAGUACUUUUACAAUUUGUGUUAUGUUUUUGCUCAUUGUUUCCGUACCCAGAAGCCUCUUCCUGUUACUGGACUUGAACAUGGAAGUAUCCAUUCUAUGAAUGUAAAGGAGGUGUUUGUCUUCUCCCUGUGUUUUUUUUUCUUCUGUUAUUUUGUUUUUUACUACACAGAUUUGUCUGUGCCCCUAACUACUUUCCCCAUUAAGUGAUUUCUAUUUUUGGUUAUUUUUGUAAUGUGUGCUCACAGAGCUUAUGCCCUGUUGUCAGUAUUGGAAGAGAUUAAAUCCCUUUCAAAUGGUGAACAAA